GUGUUACGAUCCAAAACAUCAAGUAAACUGAGUGAACUUAUCCUAAAAUCUAUAUCCAUUAUUUGAUGUACUUCAUUAUUAAAUCUUUUGCUUCAACUGAGCUGAGGCUGACUCGGUAAAGAGAUUUUACUGUUUAACCUCUUACAGUGGAAACCACCAAAUGAACGCAAGUUUUAUAACCACCCAAUCCUUAUUUCAUUUCCCAAGUGAGAGGUACUCCUGUAAAAUAGCACCGUUAAUAAAACUGCACAUUCCUCUUGACUUUAUCAACAAUUCCAUUCCCUUAUCUCCAAGUCCAACUCACCUCAUCCCUUCUCCAAUAUUUUUCACAUUCAAACCGAGAUAAUUGGGACGGUUUAAAAAAAACUAAUUUUAGUUAUACGUAAUAAAUUAAUAAAAAUUAACUCCACUAGAAGAAUGCAUAUUUUUCUCCUUUUGAAAAACCAACCUGAAGUUUAACUCUUUUAGUUUCUUCUCUGGCCAACAACUCUAGAGAGAGUUGAACAAUGGCUGCCUGUGGAGGCCUAAACCACAUCUUUACAGAAAAUUCAAAAAAUUUUGAUUCCCUCUCCUUUACAGAGAUUUUUGAAGAAUUAGAUUUAAAAGAUAACAACUCUGAGUCCUCCUUUUCCUCCUCCAUAUCAUCUUUUUCUUCUAAUCUCCCUCCAUUGUCUGCCUCCUCCUCCUCAUUAUCAUCAACAUCUUCUUCUUAUAAUUCUUCUUCAUUUUCUCUAGAAACAAUCCACCAAUCUGGAAUUGAAAGGAAAAACAAGGACCCCAUUUAUCCAACAAGCAGCCAACAUUACAGCCAUAGUGAUAGCUUUUCCUCAAGAAACUCAGAUAUUCUAUCAUUAUGUACAGAAGGCCUUGGAUUUGAAAGCUCUGAUGAUGUUGAAGAUAUUAUGAAUUAUUUGAGUAAUGAGAAUGAACAAGAACAUGAAGAAAUUAGAUCAACAUGCAUUAAUUCCAAGUUAGAAAAUCAGAGGAUUAAUCAUUAUGAAUAUUCCAAAAGAUAUUCAAGAACAAAUAAAGGGUCAUUAUUACCUCCUCCAAUUUCUUGCAUUGGAGGAAGUGGAAAGCCUUGGGUUUGUUUUAAAUCUUAUAGGGAAGAUGGUAGGUUUAUUCUCAAGGAGAUUAGAAUUCCUGAGUGGGAAUUCUUGCAUGCUUGCCGAGAAGAUGGACGUUUGAAGCUACAGUAUAUUCAAUCAGAUGAUGAAAUUCUAGAGGAAGACGAAGAAGAAGAGGGAGAGGAAUAUGAUGAUGAUUCAGAGGAUUUCAAAGAGGAAGAAGAGUUAGCAAAUGAUGAUGAUAAUGAUGAUAAGAAAAGAGAAUAUGAGAAUCUUGCUGAAGAACAAUAAUGUAGGAAUUGAAGAAUAGGUAACAUUUAUAAAAGGUGUUUCUUAACUUUUUCUUUUGUAAUUAUUGUUUCCAUUAUGAAGUUGCAGGGGAGCUGCAAAGGAAAAAGCUCAUAGCUACUUUUUCUUCUCUUUCAAAUUUGCAAAUAAAGAGAACUUGCCAAUGGAAUUCUAAAUUCCAUAUUUAGAUCUUUU